GAGUCCAUAUGGAUUUUAUUAAGUUCUAAAUUAUAAAGAUCUAGAUUCUAGAUCAGAUCUUAUUGAAGUUAAUUCAGUUUUUAUCUUAGUUAGACUUAAACUGUGAGUUAAAGUUAGUAUUCUAGAUACCCGGUUACCGGUACAGAUUUUUGCCAGACACCCACCUGCAAGAAUAGAAAUAAAUUGAUGGCUCUUCUACUCCCAUCCAGCCUCUUGGCAGUAGUAGCAUUAGUUCAUGCCAGUCAUAUAGUAAGAUCUCAUUCCGGCACAUUUCAUGGUCUAACUAAGGAGGCAGCUAAUGGAUUAACAUAUAAAGCUUUUCUUGGAAUUCCAUACGCGCAGCCUCCAGUAGGAGAACUGAGAUUCAGACCACCUGUACCUCUGGUUCUUGAAGGUAAAGAAGGUGACUAUUAUGCUACUGAAUUUAAACCAUUUUGCAUUCAAAUUAAUCCUGUCAAGACCACUCAUGAUUUUGGACUAGGUGAAGAAGAUUGUUUGUAUUUAAAUGUUUAUUCUCCAAACUCUGCUGGUGAACAGGGAAGCUUGAAAAAGGUAUUUGUGUUUGUCCAUGGUGGAGGAAACAUGAAUGGCAUGUCUGAUCUGUACCUCCCUGGCAGACUGGUCACUGAGAAAGAUGUCAUUGUAGUGACCAUUAACUACAGGCUGGGAUACCUUGGAUUUCUGAGCAGCUUGAGCCCUGAAUGUGAGGGCAACUUUGGGCUGCUGGAUCAACUCCUGGCAAUCUCUUGGGUGAAAGAAAAUAUUGUCAAUUUUGGUGGCGACUCUUAUGACAUUACAAUAGGUGGUGAGUCUGCUGGUGGUAUUGAUGUGUCAUUUCUAAACUUGGUGCCCCAUUCAAGGGACUUGUUCACCAGAUCAAUAUCUUUUAGUGGGAUGAGUGGGGUUGCACAACCUCUAGUUGUCAGAGAUCCCAAAGCAACUUUUGUACAAAUUGCCAAGCAAUUUGAGUGUUUGAAUGCAGCAGUCUCUGACCCAAAAAGUCAACAAGAGAUGGAAGAAAUAGUUGAGUGUUUAAGAGGUGUACCUGCAGAAAAAUUUGGCUUUGAGGCCAUUGUAAGUGUUCCUGAUAUUGGGCCUGUAGCCUAUGGAGAUCUAUUUCCUGGACCUCUGGUAAAUUUGUUUAAUGAUAAGAACUAUCUUGAUUCCAUAAAUUUUUAUGAAAGAGCCUAUUUCAUCAGCCUUUGCUACAAUGAAGGAGAUAUAUUCAAUGUUGUCAAUGAAAACAUAUUAGCAAAUCUUCCUGAAGAGCAACGCAAGGCAAUACCUCCCAAUGCCAUGCAGUUCAAUACCUUUUCCAGAUUUUUGUCUGACAAGUUUGGUCCUGUCAGUAAUCAAGUUGUUGCCAAGGUUAUUGAAUACUACAAUUGGAAUUAUGAAGUCAACCCACUAGCAGAUUUUUCUGCAGAUGCUAUCUUUCAUAUACCUACUUUACAAUGGGCAGCAGCAGCGACAAAGGGAUUAGCUACAGAGAACAAUAAAAUUCGCUUAUUUAGGUUUGUGCACUGGCCAAAAAUGUUGACAGGUCCUUAUAAAGGCUUGAUACAUGGCAUGGACCUCUUGUAUUUAUUUGACCUAGAUCCAGAAUUUAUCAAUAAAAUUAUUAAUCUUCAUGUUAAUGGCAGCUUAUGGGAUGACACAGAAGAAUAUCUGAAGAAUAAAUAUCUCAGCAUCAUUGGUGACUUUAUAAAUACUGGGAACCCUGCCUUGUCUUUAGAAGAAGAUCUACCAGGUGGAUGGCCUCCAUUUGAUGAGCAAGAAGGUCAUUAUCUACAAUUUGGUUUGACACCUCAGAUAAAAACACAAUUGAAGGCAGAUGGUGUUCAGCUCUGGUCCCAGCAGAUUCCAGAAUGGAUCCGAGAGUAUCCCUUAGAACAGCCUGUGCAUCUGGAGCUUUAAAUAGUUUUUUCUUCUGAUUUUGGAAUGGCUCUAAAAAAAAAGGAACAGAUAAUAAAAAGAAAUGAUCCUGUUUUGUUCUUUGACCUACUAUUAUUACCAUCAGAAUAUAUAUAUUUUUUUAUAAUAUAUUUGGCUGUGUAUAAUAGUUUGCUCAAUAGCUUAGGAGUAAUAGAUAAAGUAAUAGUUCAAAUUGUUGAAACAUUAAGACCUAUCCAAAAUGCAUAUAAGUCCAAAUAAUUUUAUACAAUUCCUAAAUAGUGAAAUAUUGAAGAGAUUGAAAAUUGUCUUGUGAUUAUGAGGUUCUAUUAAGAUAUUUGAAAAAUAGAAUUACCAAUAUAAAAUUGCAUUUUUGUUUUCAAAAGAAAUCUUUAUUCUAAAUUGUUUGUAUUGUAUUUUAUACACAACUUUAAUUACCCUGUCACUGUGACAAACAUUCACUUUUUGUUAAAUAUUCAUGAUUUGCUCAAUAUAUACAUACCUUAAUUAUGUUUUUUGUGACCAUUUAAUUGUUUGUUUUAUAAGCUUUGGAUGAUUUUCCAGAAAUGAAGAGUAUUAUUUACUAGUCCAAACCUGCUAAAUGUCAGUGAUCAUUGUCAUGACAGUCUGAUACAUACUAGAUGACCAGACAACCAUCCAAAAUAAUGGAACAUUAACUUUUAUUUGUUUUUAACUAUCUGUACUGGAUCUCAACACCAAAAAAAAGAUUGCAAAAGUAGUAAAAAAAAAAAUUCUCCUCCUAAGUCUAUGAAUGGUAAUAAUGAGGGUCUUUUGGCUAAUUCAAGGUCACUGUGUGAAGGCCAUUUGGUUGUGAGUUUGUGUGUAAGGUAACAUGUGAGUAAACUGACCUGCAGGGUCCACUUUCAUGGUUAGCUGUGAGAAGCAGACAAUAGGAACUUUUAUAGCUUGUUCCACUCUUCUGCAUCGCUUAGUCUGUUGGUGUCAAAUUACAUUUGUUACAUAUGGUCUUGCAAUCUAUCUGAAAGGGCUAUCUUGUAUCUUCAAGACCUCAAUCUGUGAAUGCUUUUUUUAUGAGUUUGUAUUCUUGUAUUACAAAUUUGUGAUGUUUUACAAAAAGUAUAUUUUUUUUAACUUACAAUAAAUUUUACAGGUUUUUUUUAUGAGCUUUAAAAUGUUUUUGAAGAAAUUGUGAUGAUUCUGAAUAUUUUGUAAAAGUUUAUGUAUUAAGUUGUUUUUUUUUAAACAGUAUUACUCAUUUUGAUAAUAAUGAAAUUUUUUUAGUUCAGCCUAAAUGUAAAGAAUACCAUCAGAAGCAUAUUGCUAACAAGCCCUAGUCAAAAGUACCUUUAUACAAAUGAAAUCAUUCUUGUGUUGUUAAUGCAUUUUUUCAGUGGAGAUCAUGUUUUUUUGUGGGGCUUUUUAUGGUUGAUCACAUUGAAUUGAAGACAUCGAAGUGUAGGGCCAAACUCAAAUUUCAGAAAGUGCAAAGCAUUUUUCUAUUGGUAAUGUUCAACAGCUUUUAUAGUUAGUUACAAGCAUUUAUUGUAUUCAAUUCAGAGCAUUGAGUUACAAUGUUUGUUUAUAAACUUGUCUCUCAAUUGCAGUGAUAAGAAUGUUAUUUUUGAUUAUUGAAAUCACAAAAAUGUCAUAUUUUUAGACAAAUUUUUCUUAGUACUGAAAUAUGGACCAAAUGUAUUUUUUGACAUAAUCAGAUCAUAAUAACAUUAUUAUUUUUACUAUUAUUAUUAUAGCUUUUAUAUAGCGCUACUUUCAUGCUUAUAGCAUGCUCAGAGCGCUUUGGUUCAAUCUCAUUUGUGAACCGGUGGGGGGGAGGGGGUAUCUAGGAGUUGGUUUUCCAUGCUGCCUUUAGGUGCUCAGUAAACCCAACUCUGCCCGAGUCGGGUGUCGAACCUCGAGCCCCCUUCUAGGUAGCCAAGACAAGCGCACUUAGCCUCUCGACCACGCUUCCCACUAAAUUCGAUAUUGUUUCCAUACUGUUACACAGACCUUUAUUUUUUUAAAUUGUUUAAAUAAAAAUAUAUUUUUUUUAA